AUGCGGGGGCCUACCUAUUCGGAGGCUGACCUGUUGGCUUUGAAAGAGUCUCCCCUCGUCAAGAAGCCGGACGGGCUACCUUCAAUCCAGCAAUGGAUGGAUGUGCCUGCCGACCAAAACACCAACAAUGCCCACGCCAACAACAAUGGAACCAUGCGUCGCACUCGGGCCGCUCGAGACGGAGAAGGGGCUACGCCAAAUGAGCAGCGACCGCUGAUCAACCCCAUGGGCCAAUUCGGUCGGCGCCAGAGCAUGCGUAAGUCUUCUGAUGUUCAGGGUAUCAAGGCCGCUAUUGACGCGCUUUUUGUAGAACCUGGCGAAGAGACAGUGCUCGGUCCGCCAAAGCUAGCCUUCCUCUCGGCGCGCACUCCAGCGAAGGGCACAGGCGAUACAAAAGAACGCACAGGCUUCACCUCUACAGACGGAGACAACGUUGGCGACCGCUUUCCAAAGAACGACCGGUGGACACGGGACCGCGAAAACGACCGGAACCGGGACAAGGGCUACGCCAAUGGCCGUCGCGUUCCACGCGAGGACGGUGAGGGCUGGACAAAUGUCAAAGGACGCAAGAGUCUGGGCCAAGAAGACUUUGAGCGCUUCCACCGUAAUGGCGAUCGCAACCGCGACAAGCACGAGGGGGACCCCGAGAUGGACGUAGCCCCACGCCGUGGCAAUCGCGAGCGAAACGAGCCGCGCUGGGGUCGUCGCGACGAUAAAGAUGAGGGUACAAAGACCGGCGUCCAGGGCGGUUGGCGCGAACGAGACCGAGAUCGCGAGCGAGACAACGGCCGCGAAUGGAACAGGGGCGGUAACCGUGGUGAAGAAGACCCAGAAUGGAUGGACACCAAAGUGGAGAAGAAGGAGUUCAAGCCUCGCACACAAGAGGACUUCCAGCGCUGGAAGGAGCAAAUGAGGGCUAAAGAUACCCCGGCUGGCGAAAAGGAGGAAUCAAGAGAGGUUCCCGCAGAGAUAUCUACGGCUGUCUCAAUCACCGCUCCGCCUAUGUUGACUGCGCCCCUGCACGCGCCUUCUGCGGCCGAACCUACACAGGGAAUCCUCUUCGGAAAUUGGGGUAGAGACAAGUCGGCAGAGAUCCCACCAGCAGAGACCAUCUCGGCGAAACCCAAGCCAGAUAAGAAAUCGAGGUUUAUGACAAUGUUUGCGAAACCUGAAGAGUCGCAAGCGCCCAGCCAAAUGCCGGCCCCGGCACCUGCAUCGCCAGCACCUGCCAUGGAAGCCAACGCCGACAAAGAAGGCUUCCAGCGUAUCCUCCAGAUGCUUGGUCAAGUAAGCACUGGGCCUUCCCCGGGACCCCAACCCCCUACGAGCAUGCCAACCCCAACGAACGGAAUGAGGCAGGGUGGAGGCGUCUCAUUAGACUUCCAUCAGCAAUCGCCGCCGCCGGAUCUGCAGCACGGUAGACCACCUCCAAGGACACUCGAACAGCAGAGCAUAUUGGAGCACAUUCUGGCUCCACGAGCCGGUCCACCGGAUUCUCGACCUUCACAGCAAUCGCGCUUCAACAGCAUGUCGCCAGAGAAUGCGCUUUCUGAACAAUUCAGACCCCCACGCCCUGACUCUGGCCAUCCAGAAGAUCACUAUCCUCACCAGCCCCCGCCGCAACGUAACGCCCCGCAAGAUGCAAAUCUCGCAGCUUUGUUGAACAGUCGUCAGCGCGAGGAUACGCAACGCGAUCAAGUCACGAAGCAGCGUGAGCGUGACUUCCUAUUGAAUUUGAUGCAGCAACCUUCUCGCGCUACACCGCCGCAGGUACAGGGUCACAACUUGCCUCGCCCAUCUCAGGAAGCUCACAACAUGCCUUUCUUCGAGCAAUCAAGACAGCAGCCUCAGCACCCUGCUCAACACCAGGCCAAGGGUCGUGGCGGUCUGCCUCCAGGUUUCAUGGAAGACCCUCGUAUGUUCACAGAGAACGAGAUGCUGCGUCGUGAGGCUGCCGAUCGCCAAUUGGAGCUUCAGCAUAUGCAAAGACUACAACAACAGCAACAGCAACAACAGGAGUCCAUGCGAGCCAAGAACCAGCGCAUGCCAAUGGGAUAUCCAACCCCGGAAGAUCCACUAAUGGGCCUCCAGCGCCGCAACACAGGAGGUGACCCGCGCAUGCCAACCAAUAUGGGUAUACCUUCGCAGCCUGUACCGGAUAUGCCAUAUAUGGGCGGACGAGGUCAACCGGGAAUGCCGCCAACACCGCAAGAGCGGCCGAACAUCGCUCCACCACCAGGAUUCGGCGGUCCAAUGCGUCAGCCACCUGGCCUCAAUGGUCCCAACCCUCAGCAAAUGGGACCUGGAGGACCGAGCUUCUCAGCUGGCAACACACCGCUUGGUCAUCCUCCUGGCUUUCCGCCCGGUGGCAGUAUCCGCGGAUUAGGCUUUCCAGGCGGACCAGGAGGACCCGGUGGUAAUGGCAUGCAGGGCCCACCUGGCUACUUCCCACCUCCUGGCUAUGGCGGCCCCCCAAUGCCCGGUAUGCGAGGUGGUGAAGAUCCACGCAUGAUGUUCGACGGCCAAUUCGGCGGACCUCCACGCCAGCAGCCAGGUCGUCCUGGGCCACCCAAUAUGUACUAG